UAAAACGAUCUUUGGUAUUUUUAGUGCGCAGCUGCCGCACCGGCAAACAGGUGCAGAUGACGGAGGCGGAGGUGCGCGGCUUGUGUCUGAAGUCGCGCGAGAUAUUCCUGCAGCAGCCCAUACUGCUGGAACUGGAGGCGCCACUGAUCAUCUGCGGCGACAUACACGGCCAGUACACAGACCUGUUGCGGCUGUUCGAGUACGGCGGCUUUCCACCGACGGCCAACUAUCUGUUCCUCGGCGACUAUGUGGACCGGGGCAAGCAGUCACUGGAGACGAUCUGUUUGCUCCUGGCCUACAAGAUCAAGUAUCCCGAGAAUUUCUUCUUGUUGCGCGGCAAUCACGAGUGCGCCAGUAUUAAUAGAAUUUACGGCUUUUACGACGAGUGCAAGCGUCGCUAUAAUGUCAAACUAUGGAAGACCUUCACAGACUGUUUCAACUGUCUGCCGGUGGCCGCAAUCAUCGACGAGAAGAUCUUUUGCUGCCACGGCGGCCUCAGUCCCGACCUGCAGGGCAUGGAGCAGAUUCGUCGCCUGAUGCGACCCACAGAUGUGCCCGACACUGGGCUGCUGUGCGAUCUGCUCUGGAGCGAUCCCGACAAGGAUGUCCAGGGCUGGGGCGAGAAUGAUCGUGGCGUUAGCUUCACCUUCGGCGUUGAUGUGGUAUCAAAAUUCUUGAAUCGACACGAGCUGGACUUGAUAUGUCGUGCGCAUCAGGUCGUUGAGGAUGGCUACGAGUUCUUUGCGCGACGUCAGCUGGUCACACUGUUCUCGGCGCCCAACUACUGCGGCGAAUUCGACAAUGCUGGCGGCAUGAUGACCGUGGACGAUACGCUCAUGUGCUCAUUCCAGAUAUUGAAGCCAUCCGAGAAGAAGGCCAAGUACUUGUACAGCGGCAUGAACUCGUCCCGGCCAACAACACCGCAGCGCAGCGCCCCAAUGUUGGCGACCAACAAGAAGAAAUAAUAUAUCCAUCCGCUUCCAUUUCCUUAAAACCUCAACAAACAGCAGCAGCAGCAAAAACAAUUAACAACAAAUAAACGAAUAACUUUUAUAUAGUAUAUAUACGUACAUAAAUAUGUCAAAAUAUAACGUGUGCAAACUAGUUGAAAGAUUAAACAAAAAAACAAACACAAAAAAGCAAAAAAAAAAAAAAAAAGCACACACACACAAAUCCAAGUACAGAAAGAAAAAGUAAAACUAAAACAAAAUUCAAAUAAAAUCGCAGCGAACAAAAAGAGUUGCAGAUAAAUAACGCUAAAACGUGUUAACGGGUUAAUA